GCGGCGUUGUGGGAGCCUGGAAGGGGCUGCCGGGGCCGAAGAUGGCGGCGCGGGGAAGGGUUCGGGCGGGCGGCGGGGACCGCCAGGAGGAGCAGCUGGGAACGGCACGCUCGGAGGCGGAGGCGCUGCUGCUGCACCCGGAGCUGCUCUCGGAGGAAUUCCUGCGGCUCACCCUGGAGCAGAAAAAUAUAUUAGUUGAAAAUGAUGCUAAAAUGGACAAAGAUGGUCUCACUGAUCUCUAUAUUCAACAUGCCAUUCCCCUGCCUCAGCGUGACUUACCAAAAAGUAGAUGGGGAAAAAUGAUGGAAAAGAAGAGACAGCAAAGUGACUUGAAAAGUGAGAAUAAAAGUGUUACAACAGUGGAAGGGUUAAGGAAACGGCCAUUAAUUGUAUUUGAUGGCAAUUCAACAAGUACAAGCAUAAAGGUGAAGAAGACAGAGAAUGGAGCUGCUGAUCGCCUGAAACCUCCUCCAGCUGGAAGCACCACCAACACUGUUCGAAGAUUAUCAGUUUCUUCAAACGCCUCAACAUACAUUUCAGCCUCCAGUUUGCCAGAGGACACUAAGCUGGGAGUGAGAAAUAGUGAGGCUCAGCAGAACAAUAUUUCAAAGACUAACAGCGGUGUGUUGAGUAGUCUGAAGGUUUACCCUUUGUCUCCAAUAGCAGGAACUACUGUUGUGAAGUUAAAGAGGUCUGUUCCAAAAGAGGAAUCUGAUUUGCCGAAUGAUCUAAAGCCUACGGAAGCAAAGAAGAAAAUCCAGCAUGUUACAUGGCCAUGAAGUAGCUAAUGGUGCUUGAAACAUAAAUAUUACUUCCAUAUUUUCAAAUAGAUAGAUAUAUUUAAGCAGUUUAAAUAAAAUUGUUUUUAAACCUUACAGAGAUUCAGAUUGCUGUGAAGCUUUAACAAGUUUAACAGUUACAUGUUGUAAAUCUGGAAUCACUAUCACCAGUAACCUUAAGAGCGUCUACUCUUGUACACCAAGUAGUUAAUUACUUGUUUAACAGGUGAUGAUAUUACACUAUACUAAACCCCCCACUUUUAGUUUUCAAGGUUAUUAUAGUUCAUCUCUUCCACAUCACUAUGAUUCACACGUUGUUUCACUAAGGUUCAGUUUUGUUCCAUGUCUGGUUAAAUAGUUAAAACAACUGUUGAGAUUUAGAGUGAUCCCAAGAGCCUUCUUGGCUUUAAAAAGGUAAUUAAUUUGCAUGAGAACACUGACCAUUCUGCUGAUAAGAUGGUCUACAAGACAUUUUUUUCCUUUUUGUUGCACAGAACAGGAGUGUAAAAAAAUCUGCAGUGCAAGUUAGGCUGGUAAUAAGAGAUGAACUAUUUUAACAGUGUUACUUCAAAUUGAAGUUUCUCUUGAUAUGUGAAUAAGAAAUGCAGAGAUGGAAAUAUGUUAUUAGACUGUUGGAUAUGAAACUUCGAGAGGAAAUAGUGAAUGGAUUAGUGCCAUGUUCUCUUAAGUACACAGGCGUAUUUUGUACAUGCAUAAGUGUGAAACUGUGCCAAUGUAGCAAAUUUGGUUGCUAUCCUGGUUACAAUCAUGCGUAUAAAAUAUGGGAAAAAACAGUGGAAUGCAAACCAGUGCUUUCUCAGCUUAUGAAGUUGGAGAGGGGCAUGGAGAGGAAGACAGAGAAGUACCUUGAGAGCAUUAACACGUGUAAUUACACUCUGGAAAAAAUACACAAAGCUGUUUUCCCUUCCUUUGAUAAUUUAAGAUGGAUUUUGGUUUUCUGUGAAACUUGAUGUUUCAUCUGAAUUAUUGGUAGUGCCUUACAGGGCAGAAAUCCAAUUAAGUUGAUAGAAAUUUUUUAUUAAAACUCAGUGGCUCAGGGUGAAGCCAAUUUAGAUCAGUUUUAGAUAUGGAUGGUAAAUAAUAAUAACAAUGCUCCCAGACUUAGUAAAACAACAACAAAAAAAAUCAACUUCUGAAUCCUCUUAGAUAACCCACUAAAAGAAGCUGCCAGUAGUGAUCAGAAAGCUUGUUUACAUUUUUAACACUGGUUUAUAUUGAAACCAACCCCUGUAGUUUAGUUCAUUACUUUACAGAAGUUCUCCAUUCACUAUUAUGAUAUAAAAGGCACUUCUCGAAUGCUGUAAAAUGGUAAGAAUGUGUGUUUUGAAAUAGUGUGCUGUUUCCCUUUUACUAAACACUUGUGCAGUUUUUGUACUUGAGUACAGCAAAAUUUAAUGUAAUGUACAUUUUGUAUGUAAAGACUUGUCUUUUAAGUAGCCUUAUCCUAUUUAAAUAAAUUAAAUUAAAAGCAAA